UAAAACUUGGACCAUGAAAAUCGGCUCAUUGGCAAUAUUGGGCAAUAUCCCUACUCAUCUCUGUCGGGACAGCGUGGUUGAUAAAUUCGAAAUUAUAAUGACUUAAAGAUAAAAAUCAAAAGCGCGAGUAUCAAAUACUGACUCACAAAUUGUGAUGAUAAUACUCGUGUAAAGAUUAGAUUAUUAUGAGAGGUAUACCCGCGGUACUAAGGACGCUUGGUGUGUUUCUCUACGAGUAUGCUCGUAGCUUGUCUUACAUCGUCACCGCGAUCCUAGUCCUCUGUUAUUGCUUGCAUCCAGCAAGGUUUGCACCGCAUUAUGCCUUCAUCAAGACAGAAGACAUCUACGGCGAAAUGGAGAGGUCAUAUCCUUCUAGGGACAAUUCUUGCUCUGUUUCUGUGAGCGGACGGCGCUUCUCAGAAUUGUUAUAUCCCGAUGAACAUCCUCGUGAGGAUCCAGUAGCUUUGGCACGUCGUCUUGGCAUUCUACCAGGAGGACAAUGGAAGCCACUGAACUGUCAUCCACUGUUCAACGUUGCUAUCAUCCUGCCAUACCGCAACCGUCAAAAACAAUUGACCAUAUUCAUGAAUUAUAUACAUCCAUUUCUUCAAGCACAAAAUCUGGAUUACAGGAUAUUUGUUAUUGAACAAAGUCCCAUGCGUGAAUUCAACCGAGCAAAACUGUUUAAUGUUGGAUAUGCAGAGGCCACUAAGAUCAAUGACUUCCACUGCUUCAUUUUCCAGGACAUUGAUCUGAUUCCACAAAAUCCAGACAAUCUUUACGCUUGUACCAAGAUGCCACGUCAUAUGAGCUCUAGCAUUAAUACCUUCAGGUACAAUCUACCAUAUAUUGGUUUAUUCGGUGGGGCUGUUGCUCUAACAAGGAAACAGUUUGAGAGAGUCAAUGGAUUCUCAAAUGUUUUCUAUGGGUGGGGUGGCGAGGAUGAUGACUUUCAGAGUCGAUUGCAAACUAGAGGUUUCAAGGUUACACGGUUUGGACCAGACAUAGCACAAUAUUAUAUGUUAAAUCAUAAGAAAGAGCCUCCAAGUAGUGCAAGAUUUGCCAACCUGAAAAGUGGAGCAAACAGAUAUGACACAGAUGGAAUUAGUAAUUUGGAAUAUCGUGUACUGAGUCACCAAUUACGUCCUCUUUACUCUUGGAUAUUAGCUGAUGUUUGAAUCUCAUAUUCGUGCUCCUAAACAUCUGGAACUUUUUAAUAUCAAUUGAUAUCCUGCCUUACUGUAGUGUUAUUACAGGCAGCUAUAAGUAAUCCACAUCGUUGAUCACAAAAAAGGGGAAAGUAACAAUGACUUCACAAUACUUAAGAACAUGUUCCUCCAAAGAUAGCUCAUUAGCUGUUCGUAAAAGAGUAAGCUUAAUUAUAAGUCAAAGGGAAAAUAAUACUUAAUGGUAAUGCCAGUUAUGAAAAGAUUUUUUGAGAAUGAAAGAAGUUUCUAUUGCUACAUCAUUAGAGGCAAAAAUAUUAGAGAAUCUCAUUUCAGAUCUAUGAUAUUUGUAAUGCUAUUAUGUUUAAGAAACGUCCUGUGGCUGCAUAAAAAGCAGUUAAAAUUGUUGCAAUUACAAAAAUAUCUAUACCAGAAGCUAUGGCUAUACUUGAAUCUUUUGCAACAUCUAUCAGGUGUUAAACAAAUUUUUUAAAUGGUUGAUAAAUCUCUAAGUGAUUUUGUUAUUGCCACUACACUCUAUACAUCAAAAUAUAAGUUGCAUGAUGCUCA